AUGGAUCUCAAUCACUGUCCCGGCAAAUUUGAAGUGUCUACGCAGGAUUUGGCGCCAAACACGGAAACUAAUGCGGAAUUGCCAAGAGGAAAGUUUUGGAAAUCCCGAAGAUUCAUCGUCACCUUCAUGGGUCUUCUGGGUUUCUUCAACGUUUACGCUUUGAGAGUGAGUUUCAGCGUGGCAAUUGUUGCAAUGACAAGAAAAUUGAACGUGACAACUGAGAAUGGAACGAUAAUUGAGGAACGAGAAUUUGACUGGGAUUCUAAGCAACAAGGAAUCGUUCUCAGUUCCUUUUUCUACGGGUAUGUUUUCACUCAAUUCCUUGGCGGAAUAUUGGCGGCUCGCUUCGGAGGUCACGUCGUUUUCGGGAUUGGAAUUGGAGGAAGUUCUGUCCUGAUGAUGUUAUCGCCUUUGGCCGCCAAGUUGGGAAUGUAUCCGCUGAUGAUCGCGAGGAUAAUCAUCGGACUGUUUGAGGGCGUCGUUUAUCCGAGUGUCCAAGACGUCUAUUCGCGUUGGGCGCCGAUCUACGAGAGAACGACGAUGUCGGGAUUUGUUCACAGCGGAAGUCACUUGGGCACCUUCGGAUCCUUCCUGUUGUCCGGCCUUUUCGCCCAGUAUUUGGGCUGGGACAGCAUUUUCUACGUCUUCGGCGGUUUCGGCUUCGUGUGGUUCAUCGUGUGGAUGAUUUACAUAAAGAGAGAUCCUGAGAGCGAUCCUCGCAUUUCUCCCGAGGAGAAACUCUACAUCCAGUCGAAUCUGGAGGACUCGCGGGACAAGAAAAGCCUUCGGCCGCCUUGGAAGGCCAUCUUCACCUCUUCCGCCGUUUACGCGCUCAUCACGGCCAACUUCUGCGACACGUGGACGAACUACACGUUCCUCACGCAGAUCCCGACCUUCCUCAACGACAUCCUCAAGUUCAACCUGGGAACCACGGGCAUUCUGGCGGCUGCGCCUUACCUCGUCUUCAUCUGCUUGGCGGCCGUCGCGAGUCCCUUGAGCGACUUCCUGCGCUCGCGGAAGAUCCUGAGCACGCAGAACGUGAGGAAGAGUGGAAUCGCCAUCGGCUUUCUCCUCAGCGGAGCAUUUCUCGUCAUCAUGUCCAACUCCAGCGACGCCACGACAAUCAUUGUCUUCCUCAUUCUGGCUGUCGGCGUGACAGCAUUCUCCAGAACGUCUUAUUUCACAAAUCCUUUGGAUUUCGCACCGAAUUACGCCUCAAUCAUAAUGGGAAUCUCCAACACUUUCGGCACACUUCCUGGAAUCGUGACACCGACUUUGGCAGGAUUUAUCGUUCGAAAUGGCACUCAGGAUGAGUGGAAGAUUGUCUUCUACAUUUCCACGGGAUUUUGCAUUCUCGGAACUGUGAUUUAUGCGAUAUUAGCGAAAGGAAGCGUCCAAGAGUGGGCGAAAAGUGACAAAACUCCACCUGCGACACAGUCUGAAGCGCGUGAAAUGCGUUAAGAGAUAUGAUC